AGCAAAAUAAUAAUAAAAAAAAAUAGCUAUUCGAUGACAUUUUCAUAUUCUCAUAUACUAUGUACAACAAAAAUAAUUUGUAAAAAUUCUAUUUAAGAAUGAAAUGAUUACGUCAUAAAGAAAAAUUUUUUCUAUAUAGAAUCAAAAUGAGAAAAUAUUUGUGAUUUUUUAUUUCUCUUUCAGAAAAAUAUGCAAGAAAACAAAAUAGCAACAUAAAUGAAUUUUUUAAAAAAUACAAAUAAAAGUACUUAUAAAUUAUAAGGAUAUUUUGACAUUUAAAAGGAAAUUUGUACUCAAACCGCGUUUAUAUCUCUGUAAAUGUGCACCGUACCGUCAUAUCUCUAUUGUGUAUAUGUUUUUACUUAAUUAUAAAUUAAUUAUUUAAAACGCAUUAUUUUACUUUUUUUUUUGUUUGGAUUUUGACAUUCAUUUACUGCUGUUAUUAUUUUUCUAUUAUUAUUGUGAAACGACAACUCUAAUUGUUUGUUUUUAUAAAAAUUAUUGCGUAUAGGUAACCUGCCUAUUAAGAAAAUUUAAGUGCGUGUAAAAACAAUAAUUUUAUUAAAAUUUAAUUGAAAAAAAAUUGUAAGUAAAAACAAAUUGUCAUUGAAUAGUCGUUUGUUAUUGCUAAAUAAUUUAUAUAUCGAUCUCCUGAGCUACACGGGGGAAAAAACUGCGUUAUUUUCAAUUUUACUACUUUAUUUAUUUUUAUAAUUUAUUGUUAUGAAUUUAUGAUUAUUAUUUGUUUUUUUUUUCGGUUUUUCAAAAUAUACAUUGUGUACAUAAUAUCAGUAUAUUAAUAAUAAUGAAUUUUAGUAACUACAUACAUACUCACAUAUACUAUUAAUGAUGAAUUAAUAACAAAUUUUUGUUCAAUAAUCAAAAUAGACCGACGCACAUUAUAUAUACUUACUAUUUGUACAAAUUUAGAUUUUCUGCAAUAUUUUUAAAUAUUUUAUAUAUACGUACAUAAUACUGUUAUAAUUACAUUAAAUGAAAUUAAAUUGUUAAUAUAGAACGUGUGUGUGUUUAAUUAUAAAUCAUAGUGUACAUAUACAUAUAAUAUAACAAUUAUAAUAAAAAUUUUUUGGAAUAAAACAAUUAAUAACAAAAUUUGAGUAUAUAAUUUAAUGUUUAUUUGCUCACAAACGUAUCCACAUAUGGUGAACAAUUACAUAUAUGUACCUAUAUAAAUAUAAUGUGGAAACCUUAAAGAAAAAUUGACGUUUACACUUAUUUUAUUUUGGAUAAUAUACUUAUAUAAUAAAGAAAACGGUGAAAUAAAUUAACUAAAUGAACGCAUAAGUAAGUGUAAGAUCAAAAUAUUCUCAAUAUAUAUAGUGAAAAUAUUCGUUCCAUCAUAAUAUCAUAAAGUACUAAUAAAGUAAUAAUAACAUAACAAAUAUAUUUACAUAAGUACUACACAUGCAAAAUUUUCCAACAAAUAUUAUUUAUUUUAUUGAAAAGAGAUUUGCUCCAAUUCUUCAAAAUAAUAAUUCUGCUGUAAGUGCAAUAAAAAACAUUAAAGUGCAAAGGAUUCGAACAUAAUUCCUUUAAAAAAAAUCAAAAAAUAUAUAAAAAAUUUCAUAAACAAAUUAUUAAAAAUAAAAAUGUAAGGAAAUUACAAAAAAAAAUUCCACAUUAAAUUUCAAAUUUUAAAAAUUGUAAAAGAAGCUCAAAAGAAAAAUUUUAUUUAAAAAAAAAAUUAUAGGGAAGAAAAGUGAUGUUUAUCAAGUGAAAAUUAAUUAAAAAAUUUUUUUGGUGAUUUCUAUUUUUUUUUUAUUUUUUUUGUUUAAUAUUUAAAAAAAUAUCCAAAUUAUAUAAAAAUAUUAUAAAAAUUAUAUUGUGAUAUUCAUUUAAUAUUUAAUUCUAAAAUAAAAUAAAAUUAUUAUUUUUUCUUUAAAAAAAAUAUUUAUUCUAUACUUAUAAUAAAAAAAAAUAAAAAUAUCAAAAGCAGAAAAAAAUUAAGAAAACAAAAAUGUUACAACACCCUGCAGAUUUUUAUGAUUUAUCAACAGUUAGCAGCCGUCAAACGCCCCCAUAUAGUCCAACUGGACUUAGUUCAGCACAUCAUAAUAAUAAUAAUAAUAGUAGUACUAAUAAUAAUAAUACAUCCAGCGGGCUGGAUAUAUUAAAUGGUACAACAACAGCAACAUCACUUGGUAAUGGAACGUCAAAUGGGAGUAGAGAAUCAUUACCAAGUUUUGGUUUUACACAAGAACAGGUGGCAUGUGUAUGUGAGGUAUUACAACAAGCUGGCAAUAUUGAAAGAUUAGGUCGAUUUUUAUGGUCAUUACCACAAUGUGAUAAAUUACAAUUAAAUGAAUCUGUAUUAAAAGCAAAAGCUGUAGUUGCAUUUCAUCGUGGUCAAUAUAAAGAAUUAUAUAGAUUAUUAGAACAUCAUCAUUUUUCACCUCACAACCAUGCAAAAUUACAAAAUUUAUGGUUAAAAGCGCAUUAUGUUGAAGCCGAAAAACUUCGUGGAAGACCCUUAGGUGCUGUUGGUAAAUAUAGAGUUCGACGUAAAUUUCCUUUACCAAGGACUAUUUGGGAUGGUGAAGAAACUAGUUAUUGUUUUAAGGAAAAAUCUAGAUCAGUUCUAAGAGAUUGGUAUGGACAUAAUCCAUAUCCAUCACCUAGAGAGAAACGUGAAUUAGCAGAGGCUACAGGAUUAACUACAACUCAAGUUUCCAAUUGGUUUAAGAAUAGGCGACAAAGAGACAGAGCUGCUGAACAUAAAGAUGGUACAUCAGACAAAGCACAUUUGGAUACAUCAAGUGAUUCUGAAAUGGAUGGAUCAAAUUAUACGGGACAAUCACAAUCAGCACAUUCACAAGCGCAACAGCAACAACAUUCACAUCAUCAUCAAUCACCAAUAAAUAAUAAUAACAAUAAUAGUACAUCAAAUCAUCAUCAUCAUAGUAAUCAUAAUUUAGUACAUUCAUCUUCAUCUGCUACAACACCAGAUGGUGUUGGCGGUAGUAGCGGUGGCGGAGGUGGUAGUAGUAGUGGUAAUACUACAAAUAAUAGUGGUAGUAAUAGCGGUCAAACAAAUAAUAGCAAUAAUAAUAAUAACGGUAAUAAUAGUUUAACAUCAAGUCAUCAUCAUCAGCAGCAUCAUCAACAUCAUCAGCAACAUCAUCAUACGACAAUAUCAAAUAAUAAUUUAGCAGCGAUUAGCAAUUUAAAUGCAUCAUUAGUGGGAGUUAGUGCAAGUGCUGCAGCAGCAGCUGCUGUAUCAAAUAAAUCAUCAUCAUCAGUAUCAUCAGGUGCUGUUGGACAAAUGCCACCAUUAUCAGCUGCUGUUGCAUAUUCACAUUUACAUAGUGUAAUGGGUUCAAUGCCAUUAUAUGAUAUGGGAGAUUAUCAACAUUUAUGAUUUUAAAUUUAUUUAAUUUAAAAUUCAAAAGCAAGCAAAAUAAAUCUAAAUUAUAUAUUGUAAUAUUGUAAAAUUUUUAAUUUUAAUUAAUUUAAUUUUUUUUUUUAGAUAUAUUCAUGAUGCAAUUGGUUAUCGAUAUUAUUAAUGGAAUGCAUAAUAACUUUCAUACAAAUUCAUUUCAAAUUUAUUAACAAGAAUGGUUUUUGGAAGAAAUGUGAACAGCUAUUUAUAGAAAAUAAUGAAAUUUGCUUUACAGAUAUUUAAAAAUUUUGGUAUUUAAUACAACCAAAUUUCAUUUUAAUUUAAAAAUUAAUUUUAAAACUAUACUUAUAAAAUUUCUGUUCAAUUUGAUAAUUUGAUCACGUAUGAACUACCAAAUUUUUUUUAAUAACUUUGUCAAAUUUUCUUAUAUCAAUUCAACCGAAUAAUUUUAAAGAAAAAAAACUACUGUUUACCCGCGUAUGCCAUUGAAGCUACUUGCACUAGUAUAUAUUGAGCGUAUGCACAGGUUUUCUUUUAUAAUAUACUUCUCACACACUCUCUCCUAUAGAAAUAAAUUUUAUUUGUAGAAUAUAGAGGGUGUGAGAAGCACAACGUAAAUGAUGUGCAUACGCUCAAUGCUUACACUUGUAAAUAGACGCAUUUUAAUUAACUCUCUCUGUAAUUAUGUCAUUUUUGCUGUCAUUUUAUUGUAUGCUAUCAUUUAACUUUAGAAAUUCAACAACACAUAUGUAAUUUUAAAUUAAAAUUUGAAAUUUUAAUUUAAUAUCGAUAACUCAAUUAA